AUUGCAGAGAAAUGGAAAGCAUUAGACUCUAAGACUCAGGAGUCCACAUCACUUAGAUCUGAUGCUGUGCAGACAGUGGUGAGGAGGUUGGUUCCAGCUGCGGAGAAGUUGGGAGAAGACAGGACAAGAACCUCGCAGAAAGAGAAAUCACUCCAAUCAGCCUUCCAGAAGCCCACCAUAUUCCCUGUGGAUUUACCAGCCAACCCUUACUGGAAUGAGUUUGAUGUCUAUGGAAUGGAACUCAGACUCCUGAAGCUCAAUUUCAGCAUUAUCUUGAAGGAAUUUGAGUCUGUCUUUGAGGCUCUGAAGGGUGGCGAUAACUGGGGCUGGAAACUGAACGAUAUCCCUCGUGGUCAUUGGUGCAUCUUCCCCUUCAUUGACCAAGGUGUUGUCAAUGAGUCAAACUGCAAGAGAUGUCCCAACACAUCAACCAUGAUUGGUUCAUUGCCAUCAGUCAUGCAGGAUUGUGUGUUCGGCAAUGCCUGCUUCUCAGUGCUGUAUCCAGACUCUCAUAUUGAACCUCACUAUGGCCCUACUAAUCUAAGGUUGAGGUGCCAUUUAGGACUUAAAAUCCCCAGUGACUGCUGGCUGGAGGUGAAUGGCACGCAGCAUAAGUGGAAGCCAGAGGAGACUGUAGUCUUUGAUGACUCCUUUGAACACUCUGCUACAUUUAGUGAGCAGCCAAGUGCAGCCCAAGCAUCUCCAAGAGCAGUGCUGAUUAUUGAUUUCUGGCAUCCAGAUGUUACGAAAGAUGAAAAGAAGAUCUUAUUGGAUCUGUUAAGUCCUUAGGAAUAUAGUCAGAUUUUCUUUCUCUUUUGUAUUUUUAGUGAUUUAGUAAUGUGUUAAAUCUUACAGUAAUUUCCCAAAAUGUAUAUGGUACUUAUUAAACUUUUUUCAUGUACCUGAUUAUAUGAUUUCAAGAAAUAGAUUAAUAAAUAAUUAAGUUUUGAUUGACUGUUCUUCCAUAUUAUAAUUGAUAUUUAUUUUUUCUGUUCAUCUUUAAUCAUCUUUCAUAUAGAAUAAGGAACUAAAUGAAA